AUGCCCAUGUUCAGUCUGGUCGCCUGGGCAGGUUCGCAGGGAAGCGGCGAAGUCACGAGCCUGGCACCAGGCGUGGAGGGCGAGUUCCAGCUGGAUCUGCUUGUGGCGGCGCUCAGCUGGACCUCCCAGGGGCGCAGGGGGGCGGCGAAAGUUGUGCGCCUGGCAGCACCCAUGGAAAGCGAGGCCCCAUUGGUGUUGCAGGUGGCGGUGCGCAGGAACGGGGAGCAAGAGAAGAGGGAAGUUGAUAGGGAGAUGGAGGAGGUGGAGCUGGAGGAGAUGGAGGAGAUGGAGGCGUCCAAGGAUGCCGAGCCAGCUGCUGCCAAGGGAUCCCGAGGUCAGGGGCUGCCAGAGGUGUGCCAAGGCCUGCAAAAGUUCGGAGAUUCCGAGUUCGUGGGCGCGGACACCACCAACUCGCUGGUGAACGCGUUCCACCGCAUGGACGAGCUGCUUGUCAGCCCCGACAGCCAGCAGGAGCUGGUCGCCCUGUCCAACGGCGCUUCCACGGUCUGGGGGCAGCGGCAGGUCCAGCCCGAGAACGUGGGUUGCACGGCGGUGGUCUGCUGCGUGCGCCCAGACACCUACAUCGUGGCCAAUGCCGGGGAUAGCCGGGCUGUGCUCUGCCGGAGGGGCAAGGCCAUCGACCUGUCGGAGGACCACAAGCCCAACCUCCCGACGGAGAGGUCCCGGAUCGAGAAGGCCGGCGGCUUCAUCACCGAGAAGGACGUCGGCCUGCCCAGCCCGGUCUACCGCGUGAACGGGGACCUGACCUGUUCGCGCGCCAUCGGCGACCUGCGCCACAAGAGGAACACGAGCGCGGCGCCGCAGGACCAGGUCGUCAUCAGCACGCCAGACGUCCGCGUCGUCCGCCGCGAGCCCGGCGACGAGUUCGCCGUGCUCGCCUGCGACGGCAUAUGGGACGUGCUCAGCAGCCAGCAAGUCAUCGACUUGUUGCGGCCGCAGGUCGCCGCCAUCCGCGAGGGCAAGAUGCGGGCGUCCGCCGUCGUGGAAGGUCUGCUGGACUAUUGCCUGACGCCGGACCCAGCGAAGACGAGGGGUAUUGGUUCGGACAACAUGACCGUUGUCUUGGUCACCUUCCUUGGGGGAGGCCAGCACGCUCCGGAGGGCGGCGCGCCGGCGCCGGGCAGCUCGCUGUGCAGCCCUGGCCUGGGCAGCCUGUGCACGUAG